UGGUUGGGUUGGGUGAUGGAGGAAAAAGGGGGUGGGGAACCCUAAUCUGCUCCCAGAUGUUAAAUUGUCCUGAAACGUUUCUCUCGUUUUGAGAGGUCACUCGUCAGAAACAAUCCUUCCAAAACACUGGGGAGUGUUUUUUUGUUUGUUUGCUUUUCCGUGUGUUUCAGAGCUACCGUCUCCUUCCCGUUAGGGCGGGCGGGCGCGCGCGCCGGGACCGGGAAGCUCCUCCGAAGCAGGUCCGCGAGCUCCUCUCGCUCACUCGCGCAGCUCGCUGGCACGGGAAGCAGCGCGAGAGCGAGCGCGAGCGCGGCGGUCUAUAAUGGCUGCCAGCAAAAUCCACAGCGCGAGGGAGAAGGCAGCAAAUGAUCCCGUGAAAGAGAAAAACGUUUCGAUCAGCGAGUGGGUGGCGAGAGAAUGGUGAGCAGCCAGCCCAAGUAUGAGCUCAUCCAGGAGGUGGGGCGUGGCAGCUAUGGUGUGGUGUACGAGGCACUGGUGAGGAAGACCGGAGCUCGUGUGGCCGUCAAGAAGAUCCGGUGCCACGCUCCUGAAAACGUGGAGCUGGCCUUGCGGGAGUUCUGGGCUCUGAGCAGCAUCCAGAGCCAGCAUCCCAACGUCAUCCACCUGGAAGAGUGCAUCCUGCAGCGAGACAGCCUGGUGCAGAGGAUGACGCAUGGCUCCAGCUCCUCGCUCUACCUGCAGCUGGUGGAAACAUCAUUGAAAGGAGAGAUUGCCUUUGAUCCACGUAGCGCCUACUACCUGUGGUUUGUCAUGGACUUCUGCGACGGGGGAGACAUGAACGCCUACCUGCUUUCACGGAAGCCCAGCCGUAAGACCAACACCAGCUUCAUGCUCCAGCUGGGCAGUGCCCUGGCCUUUCUGCACAAGAACCAGAUCAUCCACAGGGACCUCAAGCCAGACAACAUCCUUAUCUCGCAGAGCAGGACUCCCACAGGCGUGCCUGAGCCUACGCUCAAAGUGGCAGACUUUGGCUUGAGCAAAGUGUGCUCAUCUUCUGGGCUUAACCCCGAAGAGCCCGCUAAUGUCAACAAGUGUUUCCUGUCUACAGCAUGUGGAACGGACUUUUAUAUGGCCCCGGAGGUGUGGGAGGGUCACUACACAGCCAAAGCAGACAUCUUUGCUCUGGGUAUCAUCAUCUGGGCCAUGCUGGAGCGCAUCACCUUCAUUGAUACGGAGACCAAGAAAGAACUGUUGGGGAGCUAUGUCAAGCAGGGCUCAGAGAUUGUGCCUGUUGGGGAAGCUCUCUUAGAAAACCCCAAAAUGGAACUCCACAUCCCCGUCAAGAAGAAAAGCAUGAAUGCCAGCAUGAAACAACUCAUUAAGGAGAUGCUGGCCGCCAAUCCACAGGAGCGGCCUGACGCCUUUGAGCUGGAGUUGAGAUUAGUAAAAAUCGCCUGCAAAGAAUGUAACUGGGAUACGUGAUAUUAAAGGAAACUUCAAGACGCACACUAAAUAACUUUUCUGUGACUCCUGAACGACUUGUAGACAAUGGAGCAUCAGACCUUUUCAAGAGAACAACACUAUUCUAGGGUUGCCGUCUGAAACCAGGGAUUCAAUUUAAUGAAAACGAAGUUAACAAAACUGUAGAAAUAACUGCAGGGUUGGUCCAUAAAAAAUUGAAUUUUCAAGGUUAAGUUCAUGGUGGUUAUUUGAAUUUGCUUGGUGCAUGUCUCACUAAGAGCCACAAAGAACUUUGCUGCUGCCCUGCCUCUGAGGGCUUUCCCAACAGUGCUUGCUAAGGGUAUAGUUUUUAAAUGCUGCUAGUUCAAAGGAAAAACCACAGGGAACAAGAUUCAUUUGGAUAUUUUAAAAUGCUGUUUGGACAUUCAACUAGCUUCAGAAGGUUGCAUAUUGUUGCCUACACAGAUGUGAACAGUGUUAAAUUAUUUUCUUCCUGCCAGACACAGCAGGCAAGCCAAUCAUUCUUACCAAUAGCAACAUAUACACAACUGCUAGUUGGCAAUUAGAAAAUCCUUUUCAUAGUUUAAAAGAUAAUCUAGCAAGUUCCUAUAAUACACAGUAAAUUAUAUACAUGGUCAGGUUUUACAGAUUAGAACAUCUUAGUAUUUGUGUGAAAAUGCUAUCUACAAUUGAGAAAUUAAGAGAUUGUGAUGCAAUCAACAUUUUCUGCCCAGGAAUGCCCUUUCUGUGGGGAAAAUUAAUUCAUUCCAUAUUUGUGCGCAAAGGGUUGCAAAAUUUUGUCCAUUGCAUAAAUAUAAGAAGAUGAUAUUCAGGCUGACGUUAUUUGAAAUAGUUUUUAAUAAGGCUCAAUGAAUACGUGUUGAACAAAUUAAAAAAUAUAUACACAAAUUGGAUUCUCUAUUGGGAUUUUAAAGAUCAGUAUGAUGCUUUUUUUAGCUCUGUUUUUGCUGAGCUGCUGAUCUUGGCUAGGAGCCCUCAGGGAGUGCUGCCCUGGCUGUUGUACUGCCACAGGCUUUGCAGGAUGAGUAGUAAGUAGUUAGAGUGAGUGAGCAGGUGGGCACAAUCUGUGGCCUUUCUCCUGGCAUCUUAGUAACAUCAAGGACAGGUUUCUCACACAGCAGAGGAGAAAAUAAAUGACCUCCUUAUUUAAUUCUCGGUUACUCUUUAUCUAUUCUCUUAACAUUCAAUGCCCAAUGCCAUUUUUAAAUCCUGAUUUCAGUCCCUGCAAAUCUAUUGCCAGAAAUGUGGGAUUAGCAUGCUGGCCUAAAUAUUGUACAUCUUUCCUUCAGUCUUAAUUUUUGUCUGCUCUAGUGCUGGUUCUGUACAUGGGUCAGGUAUGUGUAGGGUCAGAACAGGUUAAUCAACAUAAUAUGCUCAUAUUAAAUGGGGAAAAAAAUUGUUGGCCUCUGAUAAUUAUAAAGUAUGACAGACUCUAAAUGUAGAUCAGUCUUCAUUCAGAAUGGCUAGUGAGUCUGUAUGUCUUGGAGUUUUCAAAAUGCCUGCAGACAUUCUUGUCAUUUUGAAGUUAUAGUAAACUUAAACAUGCUGAUGGUCAGCCAGGGAAGUGCCAAUAAGGGCUAAUACAGGGCAGGAUCUGACAUGAGGUUACACCAGUUCUUGUCCAUUGUGGCUCUUUGCAAAUCAUCUGAGUCUUCUCAGAACCACUGUGGUGUAUAUUACACUUAGACAUCUGUUUUAUCUGCAAUAGAAGGUUUUGAUGCUAUCUGCAUAUCAUUUCUGCAGACUAGUCUGCUGGUUUUGAGUUUGCUAAAAGAAGAAAAUAAGGUUUAACUUGGAUAUUCUUGACUUGUGUACCAUUUUUGUUGAUUCCAUCGCAGUGCCCUUUACUGGUCAAAACUUAAGGUUACAUUUUCAACAUUGUAAAUUUUACAAAUUUACUUUUCUGCAUCCUUUUGAAGGAUAAUUAAUGUUUUGCAGAUAUGAGCCAAGGUAUUUGCUUCCAAAUGUUGAUUUUUGAAGGAAAAAUAAAUACUUCAAAUAGUU